AUGGCAAAUACAAGAAAAGGUAAACUUACAUUAAAGCCAAAUGAGACGUUUGAAAUUUACGAACAUCGUCGUGCUACAUCACCUAAAAAUAUAAUGUCAGGAGGAUACUCUACCUCAAAUAAUUCUUUAAAUAAAACUCAAUAUUUUUAUCCUAAUAAAGAUCAAAUAUAUUUUUCACCACACGUUGACAAUCAUAAUCAAAUAAAUGAUGCAUUUUACAAUAUAAGAAUGCCUAUGAAUAUAUCUCCAAAACGUAAAUUCCCACUUGUAUGGGUUAUUGCUGCAGCAAUAUCAAUACCAUUAUUUAUAAUUUUAUGUAUGUUUAUUGCUGUAUGGUUACAAGAAUUAGGAUUUUUAAAAUAA